CAUAUUGUAAUUCAUAUAAACUGGCGUAGCAUGCGGGCUCUCUUGGUAUUCUUUGAGGAAGUCUAAGACUUUCUGCGCUUCCACUGCCUUGCGCAGACAUUAAGUGUAUUCCCUCUGAACCGAAAACCGCUCAACAUAAUUCCAAAUUAUAGGAUUAAUAAGCUCUGAGCUUUGAACAUGGCUUGCUGUGGGGAUGACGACGCGGACACCAAGGAGGGGUUUGUCGUCAAGCGGCGCUGUCGCGACGUCUUGUGCUUACUUCUAUUUAUUGCCUUCUGGGCCGGAAUGUUCGUCAUAUGCGGCUUUGCUUUCAAAGAAGGGGAACCAAACCGUGUCCUUUACGGUGUUGACUCGUUCGGUAUGACCUGCGGGUCCAAGAAUAAAAUCUUCAACGUCACGUUUGACUUUUCCGACGCCAAGAAUUUGUACUGGCUGAACCCACUUGACCUCCUAAGUAUAUCGGGCAUAAGCUACGCUAAGACGAUAUGUGCAGCAAGCUGUCCGGGUGCUUCGCAACAAUGCUCAGCCGACAACCUCCCUUGCCAGAACGGGGCCAAAUUCACGUGCCCAUACUACCGGUUUGCUGAGGAUAACCUGUACGGCCUCAUACCAGGGGUUAGCGAUGCGGACACUUCGUACUGGAGCGAACUAGCUCUUGUGACAAACAUUACAGAUUCAUCGGCCUCAUCGUUCUUAUCGAAGCUGGAUAGCCUCGGCGGUGCGUUCUCAACCCUGGCGGCUCAGCUGCGGGCAAACUUCAGCGGCCUGUACUACCAGACACAAUCGCAGUUCCCCGGCAAUGGGCCCUGCUAUCCAAAUUUGUUUGAAACUUCGGGAUUCUUCUACAGGUGUUUUCCAAAAUUUCCAGCGAACGUCACCUCCGCCAUCACGGCCACGGUGUCCGGAACCAUUUCUAAGGCGGUCAAGAGCGAUGACGUCAAGAACCUGGUUAAGCACUUUGACAGCUCCAGCCAAAGGUGGGGUCGGUACGUGGGCGACAUCAGUCGCGGCAUCCUGGUCAUCGUCAUCGGCGGCCUGGUUGGAAGCCUGGUGCUUUCAUUGGUGUGGCUAGUCGUCCUGCGAUAUUUGGGAGGAGUCAUGGUGUGGCUCGGAAUUAUCUUCAUUAACCUGUGCUGCAUCGGCGCGUGCCUGUUCACUUGGGUGAAGGCAGGGUACAUUGGCAACAGCGGCGUCGGACAGGACAUUUUGGACGCGUUACCUGUUGAGAUUAGCCCAGCACAAAGCGAAGAACGCACCUGGUUCUGGAUUGCAAUUGGAGCAAGCAUUGUCGCGGGAUUUGUGCUGCUAAUCACGCUCCUGUGCAUCUCGCGCAUCAGAAUCGCCGUCGCGUGCGUCAAGGUGGCGAGCCAGGCCGUGGGAUCUAUGCCCUCCAUCAUUUUCUUCCCGAUCCUGCCGUUCGUCUUGGAGGUCGGCCUCGUCAUCUACUGGAUCGCGGUAACGGCCCUCAUGUACAGCAGCGGGGACCUGACAGCGCAUUGCCGCACACAGUCCUCGAAGGAAAGCUUCUCCUUUUCAAAAUACACCAACGUCUCCAACUUGAUGGACGCGACGACCUUUAACCCAUCGAGCGAGCUGUCCAGCAGCUUCAAUUACUCGUCAUACAGCUUGUCGCCUAACGCCACAAUGGGCAAUUGCUACACCAAUGUAACGACCGAUCAACGCGCGUUCCUCUGUGGCCGUGAUCCGAACUGUUACCUCUCCUACGACUGGAACAAUCGCCUCAAGUACGCCUUUAUUUAUCAUUUCUUUGGCCUCUUGUGGACAAACCAAGUGAUUAUCGGCUUUGCUUGCGUAACAAUUGCCGGGGCCAUUGCGCAAUAUUACUGGAGCCGCGGUGACUCCGCUAACAUGUCGGCGUUCCCGGUGUUGGUGGCCCUAAAAAACACCAUUAUCUACCACAUGGGAUCCAUCUGCUUUGCGGCAUGCAUUAUUGCGAUCAUCCAGCUCAUCAGGUUCCUCUUAGAGUAUUUGGAUCGCAAGACGAAGGAGAUACAGCAACAGAACAAGUUCGCGGAAUGGGCGAUGUGCUGCGUCAAGUGUUGCAUGUGGUGCCUGGAGCAGAUUGUCAAAUUUAUUAAUCGUAACGCCUACAUCAUGAUGGCCAUCAAGGGCAAGGGAUACUGCUGCUCUGCCAUCCAGGCCGUAAAGCUUAUCGUUUCGAACGCACUGCGAAUCGCCGUGGUGAACCUGGUCGGCGAUUGGCUCAUCUUCCUCGGCAAGGUCUCCGUCGCGGCCGCAUGUGGCGUCAUAGCGUACGCCAUGACUGAGGCCAAGUAUUAUAACUCGCCUGAAGAGUUUCCUAACACGUACCUUUACAGCCCCGUCCUGGUCAUUGCCAUUUCCGUCAUCACCGCUUAUGCAGUAGCAGAGAUCUUUUUCGCUGUGUUUGAGAUGGCCAUCGACACUGUCAUCCUGGCCUUCUGCGAGGAUUGCGACGCCAAUGACGGCAACCCCAAGUACGCGCCUGAGCUGCUCAUGGACGUCAUGGGCGGUCCCAAGGACGAAGAAGCGCAGAAGCCUCAAAAGGCAUGA